GGUGAGCUGGUCCUACCAUCUCGUGUGCUAAGCCACCAUCGAAGGCCAAGUUUGCGACAGUAAAUGUAUUAUCUUAUCGAAAUGUGAAAAGCCCAGAAACUCCGGAUACCAAGCAAUUCAUUUCAUUUCAUUUCUUUUCUUUUCAUUUCUCUGUUUCUUUUCCAUUCUCGCCUUCAUUUUAAAUCCCCAAACACCCCAAGGUCAUCUCGACAACUUCCAUAGAUUCGUUUUCAUCUCCCCUUUCUCUCAAUCGCCGUUCUUGCCAUCAAGUUCCGAUACCUACACUCCAGAUUGGCCGGGCGAACCAUAUCCAUAUCCAUAUCCAUAUCCGUGGAAUACGAAGUCCAACAGACUUGGAUCUGAACUAAUUAAUUUGGCCAUCUUGUAUGACGUUGAUCGGGAGCUAUUAGAUCGUACCAAGCGCCACCAUCUACAAAUCCGUCUUAAUUCAAAGGCUUCGCAUUCUAUCUACAAAAAGACUUCACAUCCCUAUCCGACACCCUCCGAGAAUUACUAUACCAACACCAACGUCGCAUUUCAAGUCAAUCUACACAAACCCGACAGAAAAUGUCGAAGAAAUACGAAGAAGGGCCUCCACCUCCAGCAUAUGGCGCGGAUGGUCCCAGUCAAAACUCCGCACCUAUCCCUCCUCAAGCAGCAUAUAUGCAUCCUUCUCCCUCGCCUCAACCUCAAUAUCAACAGCAGCCAUAUCAACAACCAUAUCAACAGCCAUACCCGCAAGGUCAAUACCCGCAACAAGGUCAACAAUACCCUCAACAAGGAUACCCACCACAAGGAGGCUACUAUGCGCCAGGUCCGCAGAUGGGAUAUCAGCAACAACCUCCGUAUGGAUACCAACAGCAACCUUAUGGAUAUCAACAGGGAUAUGGUCAACAGCAAAGAGGUUCUUCUAGCGAUGGCUUUCUGGGGGCUUGCUUAGGAGCUAUGGCUUGUUGUUGUUGCUUGGAUCUAUUGUUUUAGGAGAAAUGUGCAGAGCAGAGAAUGGAGAAGGGAUCGAGUGGGACGGUUAGGCUGUUUAGGUCUGAAAGUAGACGGAAUGGGGAGGCAUAUUGCAGCACAGAUUUGACAAUGGAAACGAAGUGGGAAAUAUACGAUUGGGAGCAUCUCGAGGACCAGGCAGGCAUAUUCGCCAUUCACUAUUUGACAAUUAAAUUGGGAGGUCUGUUGAAAAACAUAAUCGGCGUAUUGGGCUGGCUGGACCUGUCUUGGAAGAAUCCGGUAUGCAAUGGGUACAAGGGAUUCAGGUGUAUGGAUGAGAGUAUUGAUCAAAUACAGAGGAGUUAUGGGUGGCUAUAGUCCGGGUAUGGAAGAACACAGGUUCUCAAUUCUACAUCUUUCUUAAUCAAAUAUUUUACCAAAUUCUUACA